AUGGCAGCAGAGAAGGAACUGAAGCUGCUGGGGUUCUGGAUCAGCCCUUUCAACAUCCGAUGCAGGAUCGCACUGGCGGAAAAGGAGCUGGAGUACGAGUACAAGGAGGAGAAUCUCGCGGAGAAGAGCGAGCUUCUGCUGAAAUCAAAUCCGGUGCACAAGAAGAUCCCCGUGCUGCUCCACCACGGUAAACCUAUCUGCGAAUCCCUCAUCAUAGUCCAGUACAUUGACGAGGUCUUCCCCAGCAGAGGAAAAGCCCCACUCCUCCCCUCCGAUCUUUUUUUUUCACGAGUAUAUUCUACCAUAAGUGAGUAG